AAAAACCCAACCCCACAAAAAAGGGAAGUGACGAAAAGAUGAGCGUGUCGUCGUCGCAAGUGCUGGAGGCAGUCAAGGCGAACGCGCUUGAUGUCGCGUUGGCGCGCGAAGAAGCGCUGGCCAAGUUCAAGGACAUCAACUGGGCUACGUAUACGCGUGCGGGUGGGUUCUCUUUGGACAAGGCCGAGAUCACCGCAAUCAAGGAAAUGGAAACCGUGGCUAAAAACGCGAGCCAAAACGAAGAUCAAACCGACUCGUUGAUCGAUACGUUCCUCCGCGAAUAUGGCGCGGCUUUGGGUGCAGGAUUGCUCAAGCUGAUCAAGAACGUCACGGAGCCGUCCGUGUUGCGCUAUGCAUUUGCCCGCAUCGACGAUCUGUUGCCUGAUGGCGGUCGAUCGCGCAAGCGUGCGACGUAUUUUGUACCAGACGGGACGUAUGUCGAAGCAGCGCCUUUCCUCCGCUUGCUUCGUAGUGAGUCGGGGUACACGCAGUACGCGGCUGGCCACAUUCUCGCGCAGUUCUUGACAUUCCGUGGGAAAGAACAAGACAUUGUGUCGUUGAUUCAAUGGAUUUUGGACGCUGUCAAGGCGUCGGCGCAGUCGAGCGACACCGCCCUCGGUGCCACCGCCCGCAAUGCCAUCACGACGCUCAUGGUGCUCCUCCGCUGCGAAACUGCGCGGAAACUGUUCACCCGUGCUGGGGGCCUUGCCAGCUUGGCCGAUGUGCUCAAGAACUCGCAAGGGAAGGCGCAAUUAGCGUACGAGGUUUGCUUUUGCUUGUGGACGUUGUCGUUUUCGGACGAAGCGAUCGAAGCGUUUGGGUCGUCGGGGGCCAUCACCGCUCUCAUCCAACAAGUGGUUGCCGCGCCCCGUGAAAAGGUCGUGCGUGUGUCGUUGGAGGCGCUCGAGAACCUCCUUGGCAAAGCCAACGGCGCUUACAACGAACGCAUGAUCGACGGUGGGCUGCUCAAGACUCUGACAAACCUGCGCGAUCGCAAGUGGACUGACGAGGACAUUGCCAAGUCGAUCACGGCGAUUCGCGACGUGCUCAUCCGCGAGUUCAAGGAGCUCAAUACCAUGGAGCGAUAUGAAAAGGAAGUUCGCACUGGGUCAUUGGCGUGGGGAUUGCUGCACACGGAAAAGUUUUGGCGUGAAAACGUCAUGUCGUUCGAAGCGAACGAGUUUGAACUGAUUCGGCUGUUGAUCGACUUGCUCGAGUCGGACGACCCCAAGACAGUGUCGGUCGCGUUGUACGACUUGGGCGAUUUCGUGCGAUUUUAUCCAAACGGGAAGCACAUUGCCAAGCGUUUGGGGGCAAAGAAGGUCGCGAUGAAGCUCAUGACGCACGAAAACGCUGAAGUCCAAAAGCAUGCUCUCACGUGCAUCUCCAAGAUGAUGGUCAACAAGUGGGAAUUCGUCAAGUAAGGCCGCGCACAAGUCACGGUCGUUGUUUUGAAUGCAGACGCUGUUGUGUCUGGUGCCCAUUUCGUUUCCAUGGACGCAAAAACCUGUCGACAAUUGAUCGGAUUUCUAUGGAGACUGAUGUGCCUCACGCGACAACGCAGCGCUUUUCCGUGCAUGAUUUGUAUAGCGGAAGGUUCCGGGUCGCGAGCUCGGCCGUCGUAAAGCAGCCACACAGUUCGUUCGCGUCGCC